AUGCUUAAGAAAACCGCCGGCGAUUCGUAUCGUCUUCUUGCUCCGGCGUUAUCAUCAUCUUCUAUAUCGAGAAACAGAACAGAGAUCGAGCGUGUCACCAGGAUCAUCAAUGAUCAUCCCUUUCCCAAUCAUCCGAUUCAGCCCAUUUUCGCCAAGCACAUCCCUUUAUCCUCUCUGUCGCCGGACUUCGUAUCGGAGGUUCUCGGUCGUCUCUUCGCUGCUCAUUCCAAUGGUCUCAAAGCUCUCGAGUUCUUCAAGUAUUCACUUAAAACCCCCAAAUCCUCUCCCACAUCCGAUUCCUUCGAGAAAACACUUCACAUUCUAGCACGGAUGCGGUACUUCGAUCAAGCCUGGGCUUUAAUGGCGGAAAUGCGAAAUGAUUACCCUAAUCUGUUGACCGUCAAGUCAAUGAGCAUCCUUCUCUGCAAAAUCGCUAAAUUCGGUUCCUACGAAGAGACUCUAGAAGCUUUCGCGAGGAUGGAGAAGAAGAUAUUCAGGAAGAAAUUCGGCGUCGAUGAGUUCAACAUUCUUCUCCGAGCAUUCUGCACAGAGCGAGAGAUGAAGGAGGCGAGAUCGAUUUUCGAGAAAUUGCAUUUCAGGUUUAACCCAGACGUGAAGACGAUGAACAUUCUGCUUCUAGGGUUUAAGGAAGCUGGUGAUAUCACCGCUACAGAGCUCUUCUACCAUGAAAUGGUGAAACGAGGAUUCGAACCCAAUUCCGUCACUUUCGGAAUCAGAAUCGAUGGGUUCUGCAAAAAACGGAACUUUGGGGAAGCCCUGAGGCUGUUUGAAGAAAUGGAUCGACGGAAACUCGAAGCCACGUUACAGAUACUCACAACACUGAUCCAUGGCGCUGGUGUAGCUCGGAACAAGAUCAAAGCACGCCAACUGUUCGACGAAAUUCCCGAGAGAGGGUUGAAACCUGAUUGUGGAGCUUAUAACGCUUUGAUGAGUGGUCUAAUGAAAUGCGGAGAUGUGAGUGGCGCAAUCGAGGUGAUGAAGGAGAUGGAAGAGGGAGGAAUCGAGCCGGACAGUGUAACUUUCCACUCCAUGUUCAUCGGAAUGAUGAAAUCAAAAGAGUUUGGAUUCGAAGGUGUGUGUGAGCUUUAUCGGAAAAUGAAGGAGAGAUCUCUGGUUCCGAAAACACCAACGGUUGUGAUGCUGAUGAAGCUCUUCUGUCACAACGGUGAAGCGAAUUUGGGACUUGACCUGUGGAGGUAUAUGAUUGAGAAAGGGUAUUGCCCUCAUGGCCACGCAUUGGAUCUCCUUACUACUGCAUUGUGUGCUCGGAGAAGAGGUGAUGAUGCAUUUGAGUGCUCGAUGCAGACGGUGGAGAGAGGAAGGUGUGUGAGCGAACCAGUGUUUCGAAUGUUAGAGACCUCAUUAUCAAGUAAAGACGAAUUGGAGAAACUAGAGGAAUUGAAGACGAAGAUGCAGAAACUGAAUAGCUUUUUGCCGCCUCCUUUAACACUGCUAAUUUAG